UUACCUCCCCGUUAUUUACAUUUUCCGAUAGAAAUGGCGGCUACCUUAGACAGCAUCGUUGAUACUGACAGCGAGGACGAACUGCCCCCAGGAUGGGAGGAAAGGGUCACCUUCGAAGGAAAAGUCUACUAUGCCAACCAUGCAACUAAAUCUACUCAGUGGACACACCCCGUCAGUGGCAAAAAGAAAAUUGUAAAAGGAGAUUUGCCACACGGAUGGGAAAUGAAGAUUUCAGAGGACGGCACCGUUUAUUAUGUCGAUCACAUCAAUGAGAAAACCACUUUUACAGACCCCAGGCUAGCAUUUGCUGAAGAAGUGGUUGAUACACCAAAUGACUUCCGUCAACGCUUCGAUGGUAACUCAACUGGUAUGCAAGUGUUGCAGGGGUUAGAUUUCACUGGGAAAUACGCCAUUGUCACCGGAGCUAACUGUGGCAUCGGUUUUGAAACAGCACGUUCUCUGGCUUUACAUGGUGCCUUCGUAAUAUUAGCUUGCCGCGACGUGAAGUCUGCUAAUGAAGCAAGUCAGAAGAUCCUUGACGAGAGGCCAAUAGCCAAAGUCGAAGUGAUGCCUUUAGACCUGGCAUCUUUGAAAAGUGUUCGAUAUUUUUCUGAAACCUACAAGUGUCGGAAAUGGCCCCUACACAUUUUGAUCCUGAAUGCUGGUGUGUUCGGACUACCACAUGUUCUUACGGAAGAUAACAUUGAAACCACAUUCCAAGUAAAUCACUUAGCACACUUCUACCUGACGCUGUUGUUGAAAGAUGUUCUGAUUAGUUCGAAACCUGCCAGAGUUGUCGUAGUAUCUUCUGAGUCACACAGAUUUGCUUCUUUGACCACAGAAAACAUCAACGAAGACGAACUUUCUCCGCCACAGAGUCACUACUCUCAUAUGAAGGCCUACAAUAACUCGAAACUCUGUAAUGUCCUCUUUUCUAAUGAGCUCAACCGACGCCUCUUGCCACUAGGUGUCACUACCAAUACCUUACAUCCUGGAAAUAUGAUGAGUUCUCAAUUAGCAAGGAAUUGGUGGUUCUAUAAAUUGCUUUUUACCUUUGUCAGACCAUUUACAAAAAGCAUGCAACAAGGAUGUGCCACAACUCUAUAUUGUGCCGCUGUGCCAGAACUACAAGGAAUUGGUGGAAUGUAUUUCAACAAUUGUUGUCGAUGUCAGCCUUCAGAAAAAUCAGGAGAUGUUAAACUUAUCAAGAAAUUGUGGGAAAUUAGUGUUAAGAUGCUCAAUGAUCGCUCAUUUACUUGUUAAUUAACAGGUUUCUUUUCAUCAAUGAUUAUGGGUAUCAGGUCAUUUUGUUUAACUGAUAACAGGUUUGUAGUAGUCUUAUGCUAAAUUAUAUAUAGACAUACAACAUAUUAACACAAUGUAAGUAACUUUGAGAUACACACAUACACACACACGCAUUUGGUGUGGCUCGUGAGUAAAGGUGUGGAUGAAGUGUGAAGGGGGAUUGUGAACAAGGUUGUCUUGGGUGUUCAAGACACAUCACGGUGUAGGGAAGAUUUUUUUUAUUCUAUUUUUUUUAUUUUUCAAGGAUGUAAAAAAAAAAAAAAAAAACUUGACAAUAGUUGCAGAAAAAGAUUGAAACCUCUAUCUUCAUACAAGGUUAUUAAUUAAAUUGCCAACACCUUUACCCAUUAGGCCACCAAAGCAGCAACUACAAAAAUAGCUUAAAAAUGAGAUAUAUAAAUCUAUUUUCGUUAUUGAUUUGAUGCUGUGGUAGAUUUAAUUAUCUCAUUUUCCACAGAAAUUAAUGGGGUACACAAUGGACUUGUAAGGGUGCAGAUAAAUAGUGUGAUAGGACAUCCUGCAUAAUCUGGUCCCUGGGUUCAAGUCAGACCAGGGUGUGAGUAAGAUUCUUACAUAUAAAUUUUUUGUUCAACAAGAGUUUAUAAAAAAAAAAAACAUUGUAACAGUAGAUAUAAGUAGAGAUUGAAACCUCUAUCAUCUUAAAUCGUUAUUGAUGUUAAUUAUCAACACCUUUAUCCAAAAGGUCAUCUCAGCAACAACAAGGACAAGCUUACAAUACAAUCAAAGGUGGUUGAACAUGAGGAGGUAAAAACUUUUAUAUCCAUGAACUUUUAAAAAAACUAUUAUAUUCAUAGACCUAUUACAGAAAAUUAAACCUCCUUGUACUCCAAUAACUUUUAUUGUAUUUUACCUGUUUUUUUUUUUAAUUUCAUUUUCUUUGUUUACUUUUUCUAACCUCUCCUAACAGUGUUAUCCUGUUAUCUUACUGUACUGUAAUCAUAUUGCCUGAGGUACAUAAACAUUAUAUUUAUAUAUAUAUAUAUAUAUAUAUAUCAUGCGUCUCAAAUCAGAAGAUUGGACAAAUUUUGAUAUAUAAUUAUCUCGCAAACAAUAUUUCCAGAAUGUUCUGCUCUUAUGCAUACUUCACACAAAUAUGACAUCUACAGACGAAAUAAAAAAAUACUGGAAUAAGCAGAUGUCCUUAAGGAGGACACAGCUUGGAUUUUAACCAUGCCGGCAUUAAUAUAUUUUUGCUUAUAAGGCGGCGAGCUGGGCGAAAUUCUUUGUCGUAUUUCGUCUGUCUUUAUGUUCUGAGUUCAAAUUCCGCCGAGGUCGACUUUGCCUUUUCGAAGUCGAUAAAUUAAGUAGCAGUUGUGUACUGGGGUCGAUGUAAUUGACUGGCUCCCUCCCACAAAAUUGUGUGCCUAGAAAAUGUAUAUUAUUCAUGGCUGGGACCAAGUUUCACCUGCUGCUUACUGUUCUUAUUUUCCUUUGUUUUGAUCAUUCUAUUAGAGAAAGGCAUGAACGCCACACAAUCUAACCUCACCCUGUUUUUAAAUUCUAUCUUCCCUGAAUGUGUCCUUGAGCAAGACACUUUUAUACAUUGCUCCAGACCACUCAGCCCUAAACGAGUACCCUGAGAACUACGUUAAGGGUACACGUAUCUGUAGAGUGCUCAGUCACUUGCACGUUAAUUUCACGAGCAGGCUGUUCCGUUGAUCAGAUCAACUGGAAUCCUUGUCAUCAUAACCGAUUGAAUACCAGUUAUCAUUAUACAGAACCUACUAAGUGUUAGGAAAUGCAUAAACGACUCAACUUCAAUAUUUACAGAAAUUAUUUGAACAAACAAACGAUUGUCGAAACUUCAUUGCAUUCCCUGAUCAAUUUGGAUUUCGUUUGAUUCCAUUAAUUCCUUCUCCAUUGAUACUAAACAUUCUUCUAAUGAUGUUAAUAACGAUGAUGUCUCAUUAAAAUAAUUUACAUAAUA